CGAUUCGGUAACGAAGCGGGCCACCUGUGAAAAGUAACAUGGAUCCCCAUCUCCAGACCCUGAGCUAUACGAAUAUCUCAUUAUGCUUUUUGGUGCGAAGGAGUGUGGUCGCCUCUUGUUUACCUUUUUUGCGUGUUCACAAUGUCGUCAAAUAGGAAACGUGUGAUUAUAAUUAAAGAAAAGUUGAAGAAAUUAGAGGAAAUGCUACAGGACGUCUCUACAAUUAUCAAUGCAUCGCAGACAUCAAGUCUAUCCUCUUUUAAAAUCUGACAUGCAAAAACUAGCCAAAGAAUCUAAAAUGGAUAAUUUUCUCUUUGGAAAAACGUUCAUGGAGAAAUGUAAAAUUAAUCAACCUAUAAAUAAAUCUGCAGUAGAGCUGCAGGUGAGUAAAGUUCCUGCAAGCAGCCAAAUCUUAAAUAGGAGCCAUUUAAACUGGCAGCGCCCCAAAACAUCUGUACGUUUUCGGAAUAGUCAGUUUGUACUAAACAAGAGAAAGGAGCCUCGAAUACAAGAGAGAAACAGAAAUCAAUGGAGAUCAUCGAGAGGGAACCUAGCCAGAUACAAUUACCGAAACCGACAAAUUCAGUAGAGGGAACCACAUCCGCUUUGGCCAAAGCUUACCCUGGUGUCAGGAAUUUUAUCAGGGAAGCUCUUGCUCCAAGAAGACUGACGGAAUCAGCUUUAGAAGUAGUUAUCUCUUCAUUAAAUCCUAAUACACUGAAACAAU